AUGGAAUCUGACCACCUCCUUCGUUACUCUCUCUCAGUGGCGCCGGCUGCAAGUGCGAUCCCCGACUCGCGUGGUCAGUCCUCACCCCAGCCCAGCCCCAACCCACGCCUACCACACCCACACUGCAUCCCACACUUACUCCCAUCACCUUUGUGUGCGCUCAGACCUCAACGCAACAUGGCAGGUGCUCGAGAAGGGUGUCGGUCAGUCUCCUAUUCCGAUCUCGAUCUGGCUCCCCCGUUCCCCCGCAGGUGCUCAUGCGCGCUCCCUCGUUCUACACAUGCACAGACCAAAUCAUGACCAGGCUCUCCGAAGGCAUGAGCUACCCUCAGUACAUGAACGUGAGUCCAACGCGGCCAUUCCCCUCGGCUCCCUCCCUCCCUUUGAUCUCGUCCGAGCUCGGAUCUGAUCACGCCUCGGAGUGCUGACUCGGCCUUCCCAUUCCAUCCAAAACGCAGCUCUACACGGUGUCGUACAACUAUUGUACCAGCAGCCGCAUGAACUCGGGUGGCGUCAACGAGACGAUCGGUAUCGGCACAGGUGGAGGAAGGAGUCAGUCCAUCCCGUCGUGCCUACGCAGUGCCCUACGUCCUCCUCACCCCUUUUUGACCCUGCCUGUGAACAGGCGGAGCGAACUUGAUGGGAUCCGAUCUGUACAAGCACCUGAACCGAUACUUUGUCUCGCACCUCAAGCAAGUCAGCGCCGCCGCCGAACCGCUCACCGACGAACCGCUGCUCGUGUACUACACCCGCGAAUGGGACCGUUACACCACCGGAGCGUCCUACGUCAACCGCCUGUUCACGUACCUGAAUCGCCACUGGGUCAAGCGGGAAAAGGACGAAGGGAGGAAGAACGUGUACCAGGUGUACAUCCUCGCGCUCGUGCAGUGGCGCGACCAUUUCUACACCCACGUGCAGGACAACCACAAGCUGUCCAACGCGGUCAGCAAGUUGAUCGAGAAGCAGAGGAACGGCGAGACGAUCCAGACCGACUUGGUCAAGAAGGUCGUCGAUUCAUUGGGUACGUUUCGGCGACUGGUGUCGUCAAACGAAUGCCGCGCAGGCGUGAGCAUGCGAACUAAACUAGCUGCUGAUGCUCACCCGGUCACACACAGUCGCAUUGGGCAUGGACGAGGGCGACACCAACAAACAAAAUCUCGAGGUGUACCAAGACGCGUUCGAGAGGCCAUUCCUCGCCGCAACAGACCUGUACUACACCUCCGAAUCGGAGCAGUACAUCGGCGCCAACUCGGUCACCGAAUACAUGAAGAAGGCCGAGAUGAGGCUCGCCGAGGAGGAGAACAGGGUUGAUCUGUACUUGCAUGCUUCGACAAGGAAAGGGGUGAGUUAAGGGUGCCGUCCAUUCGGUUUGACAAGGAAGAAACUGACGUCUUGGGGAGUUCACAGCUCGUGUCGAAAUGCGAAGAGGUGCUCGUCAAAAACCACGCAGGGAAGAUGCAGGAAGAGUUUCAACGUGUGAGUCGACAUUCGAAAACACAGGUUUCGGUCACUGACUCGUAACACGGUUAUGCCGCCCACAGCUCCUCGAUCAAGAACAGGAAGGCGACCUCAAGCGCAUGUACCUCCUCCUUUCGCGCAUUCCCAACGGACUCGACCCUCUACGCGAACGCUUCGAGCAGCACGUCAAGAAGGCCGGUCUCGCUAGCGUCGAGAAGGUCGUCGGCGAAUCCGCUGAGGGUGUUGAACCGAAAGCCUACGUCGAGGCCUUGCUCUCCGUUCACUCGAACAACGCCGAGCUCGUCCAAAAAGCGUUCAAAGGCGACCAAGGCUUCGUUGGCUCGUUGGAUCGUGCGUGCCGCGAGUUCGUGAAUCGCAACAAGGCUUGCUUGAACGCGAACAAGAGUCCUGAAUUGCUGGCCAAGCAUGCUGAUGGCUUGUUGAAGAAGAGUAACAAGGCGAGCGAGGAUGACGAUCUCGAAAAGUCUUUGACAGAGACAGUGAGUGACCUUGGGAGUUUGAGGGCCUGAAGGUAUGCGGGUGCACCGUACUCACUCGGCGCAUUGUUCCUCGAAACCAGAUGACGGUCUUCAAAUACAUCGAAGACAAGGACGUUUUCCAAAAGUUCUACACCAAGAUGCUGUCGAACCGACUGAUCCGAGCGACCUCGGCCUCGGAUGACGCCGAAUCGAGCAUGAUCACCCGGCUUAAGGACGCUUGCGGGUUCGAAUACACGAGCAAGUUGACACGCAUGUUCCUGGACAUGGCCUUGAACAAGGAUCUGAACGCCCAGUUCAAGGACAAGAUGUCACAGACCCAUGAUGCGUCUGAAUUGGGAGGUGAGCGUCGGACAAACUGUUCUGAAAAUCGUGGUCCAUAUUGCACGAUGCUGAAGGCAGAGCGAGUUAUACGCUCACAGUUGACUUUGAGGUUUCCAUCUUGGGCACUUCUUCGUGGCCUCUGGGUGCGGCGUCGACUGGCGUGAAGCUUCCGACGGAGCUGCAGCAGGUCUACGAUCGUUUCACCGGGUACUACAUGAGCAAGCACAGCGGUCGAAAGUUGACGUGGCUGUGGCAGCACUGCCGAAACGAGUGAGUCCGAUCGAGAGGGGACUGCUGAUGCUUGGUUAGAUUGAAGCUGAAUUCAUGGAAUGUUUGCUCUCAGACUGCGAACACUGUACACGGGGCAGAAGUACUUUUUCGUCACGUCCAUGUUCCAGACCGUCGUGCUGCUCCAGUUCAACACUUCCGGCGACUCGCUGUCGUACGAGGACCUGAAGCUAGGAACAGGGAUGGAGGACGAGGCGCUCAAGCCGGUGCUGCAGCUGCUCGUCAAGCAACGCGUUGUCGACCUCAAGGACGACAUGUACGAGCUGAACCUGGGCUUCAAGUCGAAAAAGAUCCGCGUGAACCUCAACGCGCCGAUCAAGGCCGAGCAGAAAACGGAGAGCGCGGACGUGAUGAAGCACGUCGACGAUGAUCGCAAGAUGCUGAUCCAGGCGACGAUCGUGCGAGUGAUGAAGUCACGCAAGGAGAUGAAGCACCAGCAGUUGAUCAACGAGACGCUCGCGCAGCUGCAGACCCGGUUCAAGCCCAAGCUCGGCGACGUGAAGAAGGCGAUCGACGUCUUGAUCGACAAGGAGUACCUCGAGCGCGUUGACGGGCAGAGGGAUCUGUACAAGUACCUCGCUUGA